AUGUCGGACUUAAGUGUUCCGUUUCUUUUCCAAAAGUCUGUUUCCCUCAGCUCGUAUCGUGAUCGGCGAUUUUCGGGCGGCGAAGUCGAACAAGACAAGAAAUUGUUACAAAGCACGACGCUCUACGUCGGGAAUCUCUCAUUUUAUACAACUGAAGAACAAAUUCAUGAGCUGUUUUCGCGUGCUGGUGAUGUGAAACGUAUUAUUAUGGGUUUAGAUAAACAAUCCAAAACGCCAUGUGGAUUUUGUUUUGUGGAAUAUUAUACAAGAAGUGAUGCUGAACAAGCGAUGAGAUAUAUCAAUCAGACUCGUCUUGAUGAUCGAAUUAUCCGAACCGAUUGGGAUGCUGGAUUCAUCGAUGGACGUCAAUAUGGGCGAGGAAAAAGUGGUGGACAGGUGCGCGAUGAAUACCGGCAAGAUUAUGAUCCAGGUCGUGGUGGUUAUGGUAAACGAAUCAUUCAAGGAAAGGAAAUGGAAAAGGGCGGAAACAAAAGUAUAGCAGAAUUUCAACAAUAG